AUGUCGUUGUAUUUGUUUAUAUUAUUUAUCUUUCAUCUUUAUUUUAAGUCGAUUUCUGCAAUUGAAAAUCAAUUGAACUUUUAUAUGGAUAAUCAAACGUUAUGUAAUCAGAAUCUAGUCGAUCUAACCGAUAUACCAACUUGGAGGGUAUAUUCGCACACUCAUUUUCAUAACAAGUAUAUGUACUUUGUCGAUACGCACUGUUCGAUAACUAUUCGCACGACUAAACGUGUGUGGAUGUCGAUCGAGUAUUUCCAAUCGAAUUCCAGUUCGUCGUUUCCACGUUGUACGGAAGCGAAAUAUGCGGGUGUUGAUGACCGAUUGCAAAUCAUUGAUGGUUUCAAAACCGGUUCGAUUUUACGGAUUAUCUGUGGCAAAGAUACUGAUCAACGUUUCGAUCGGACAGCGCUGAUUCUGAAAAGUUCGAUAUUUACAAUCGACUGGCAAACGAAAAGUCAAGGGUUGGGUUUCGAAUUAAAAUUUGUCACUUACGAUCUGUCCAGUAAUGGGAAAUGUUUCAAUUCAAGUCAAUUCUACUGUCAAAAUCGGCGAUGUAUUGAUUCGUCAUUAAUAUGUUUCGACAAAGAUUAUUGCGGUGAUAAUAGUCAUUUGAAUAGUGUCGAAAGAAUGAAACAAUGUCGAACAAUCAAAGUUUUUUUGUUGUCGGAAGAAAAGAAGUGUGAAAAGUAUAUAUUGAUUCAAGCAACAAGAUCUUCAGUCGCACAACACACCAUUUUCUUCAGCAAUCCAAUGGAACAGUUCGCCAAAUUGCUUUUGAUAUCAAUCGCUAUUCUUUCUUUGGCGAUUAUCACCGUCGAUUCGACAACUGCUGCCUACACCAAUGACUCAACUGACUCGACAGAUAAUAGUACUGAUAUGAAUCAAGGUGGAAGCAAUGUCUCCACAACGACAGUCGGGUCGACAACAGCCGGCAAUAGAUCCUCUAGCGCAGCAACACAUCACCUGCAGCAACAACCGCUGAUCAUACCUUUCACAAUCUUUGCAGUCUUCAUGCUACCGUUCGCUCGUCUUCGUCAUUUUAUGUAA